GUACAUACAAAACAUUGCAAAAUGGUGGUAGGCAGUGCAAGCGGUGACCGGUGAUGGUUGAACUUGAAGUCGGACAAGCAUGCAUUCAAAGAAUUUCCUGAUGAGCUGCCAUAGGCAGAAAAUCAAACUUACUGUGGACAAAGCUUCCGUUUGUUCGGAAAUGUAGUAGAGACGGACAUCAAGAUUUAGGUCUGUGCAAGAAAGAAAUAUCCACGAAUAUGUCUACGUCUGCAGCGGGAGGCGUUGUAGAUUCUGCUGGCAGCAGAAACCAGCACACUGAUCUUAGUCGCGCCGAGACCGGCGGGUGUUCAGCGUCGCAAGUGCCAGGGAAACUAACGGUGAUGAAUGGUCCAGAAGGAGAAACCAUAGAGGGAGAGAAGAGUGGGCAACACCUGUUUGUUCAAGGCAACAGUUCCCAUCGAACGGACUGUAGCGAGAAUUGCAUCAGGCCUACCCAUGUCGCUUGUCACGCUAGUGAUCCCAAACAGAAUCAGUGUCAACUUAGGCCUAAUCAGAAUGAAUGUGUUAUGGAGUUCGAGUCCAAAGAAAAGCCUUUGUCAAACGAAUGUUUGGGCAAAGGAACUACAUUUGCUAGUGCCAAAUUCUGCUCCUGUAGUGAGCCAUGUGACAAUGAUAAUGGUAUGAAUGAGAAGCAUCAUUUAGGUUCAUCUGGUGUUCAAGUUCCUGAUAACACAAAACAUGCCUCAUCAGAAAAGAUAUUGAUGCUUAAGACAAUCGUGUCACAAGAGGGGGGAGUUGCCGCUGAUUGCAGACUUACAAAUGGUUGUUGUGACUGUCAUUUGAAUGAAGCAGUGCUUAAAACAGAGGAGCAUGGAAAGGUUAAUUAUGCCUGUAGAAAUGAGGAAAAAUCAGGAACGCUUAAAAACCCUAACUCCCCGUGCCAGUCUGACGAUGACCAAGGAGACCCAAGUUGCAACUGCACUGGCAAGAAUAUGAGCAAACCUUUAUCUGAUCUCACUAAAAUGGUCGAGAACAUAUGCCUGGAAAGUGAUGGCACUGAGGAGACUGUCCCCUCUUUAUCAUUGGAUGGCCGCAAGCAGGGCCCUACUACUGCUCAGGCAUGUCAGGAGCCCCUGCCUUGUUCUGAACAGGCUACAGCCAGCGGAGACUUGCUAACAGAGAUGGAUCAAUCCUUCAGUGCCCUUGGACCAGCAGGCGGGGAUCUUGAUGAUGCAGAGUUAGAGGAGUUUCCCUCCUCCCUCUCGGACUUCGUUCUCAGUUGUCAUAGCAACCGGUAUACAGUGCCUCCCUGCCCCGCCAACGACAGCGAUAUAAACACCAUACACAUUCAUUCUGGUUCCAGAAGUCACCCAGUCACCCUUGUGCCAUACAAGUCAGAACUCCAGAUGCCAGACAUCAUGAGACUCAUUACAAAAGAUUUGUCAGAGCCAUACUCAAUUUACACGUAUCGUUACUUUAUUCAUAACUGGCCACAGCUAUGUUUCUUGGCUAUGCACCAAGACAAGUGCGUGGGUGCGAUAGUGUGCAAGCUGGAUAUCCACAAGAAGAUGGCUCGGCGGGGCUACAUAGCCAUGCUGGCCGUGGACGAGAACUACAGGAAGCUUCAAAUUGGCUCGAGUCUGGUGAAGAAGGCCAUCCGUGCUAUGGUCAGGGGAGAGUGCGAUGAGGUUGUUCUGGAGACGGAGAUCACCAACAAGCCAGCUCUGAGACUGUACGAGAACCUUGGCUUCCUCAGGGACAAGAGACUCUUCCGCUACUAUCUCAACGGUGUGGAUGCUCUGCGGCUCAAGCUCUGGCUACGGUAAAACACAGAGGGCACAGAAAACUGCAGGACAGGUGACCGUUGCAUUGGCAUGUGUAUCGUUGCUGACACACACUACAAACUGACACUCACGCAAACUUUACAGAACCACAUCAGUUCGGUUGACAUGUCCUGUAUCUGUGUACUGUGUGCACACACUCAAAUGUAUUUUUGUUUUCCUGAUGGAAAACUUUUAAUAUCUUCAAUUACAUGUAAAAGGUUUUGGAUGAAAAUGUUUUGCACUCUCAAGUUGAUGAAGUAGAUUCGUUUCCAAACCCUUGUGAAGCACUUUGCUUCAAAAGCUAUAUACGCAACAUGCGUUUGGUUCAGUUGGUGCCAACCAAAAUUAUUCCCAUCAUGCAUCAGUGUAUACAGCCACCGGUAGACAGGAAAGCAUAAAAUAAAAAAGAUGAUUCAUUACACAGUUUCAACAGAGUGUUUGUGCAUAGUGCUUGUGUUGCAGUUCAUGGUAACCUUGACUCUACCUGAGUUGGGUACAAGUGCCACGUGUUCUUAUUUCAAGAGCUUUAGUGAGGUGAUCAACAUCAGAGCCUCCACUUUUGUGGAAGGUAGAAUCAAUGCCUCCUCUACGGGCCCUAACAAUAAGGACCCUUUUCAAACCCUUGGUACCAUCUCUCUCCGUUACUGCUCUCUCCCAAAAAAACAACAUGCCUGUUUAAUACGUACUAAAAUAAUUUUUUUUUAGGAGAAUUCAGAAUUAAGUUUGUCCAUCUGCAUGAAGAAACAGCAUGAGACCCUAAUAGUUUCUUUUCCAGGGAAAUCCAAAAGCAUGUGAGUCUAUGCCUAUUCUACCAGCGUCCAUCUGAAACUAAAAAAAAGAAAAGAAUUUAAAGAAAACUAAAUAACUGUGCGUGUGAGGACAACAAACUCCAUUAGCUAUUUAUUGUUCAAGUUUAUAUUAACUUCGAGAGUUUGAUACUGAAAAUCCAGCUUUUACGUUGAAACAUCCAGCUAGAUCUACAGGGAUUUGGCACUGUGCAGUUUCACAAAAAGCCUUAUCGUCAGACUUCUGUGUGUGGAAUUUGCUAUAGGUCUUUGUUCUCCAUUACUGAAAACACUCAGUGUAACAAUGGGGCUCCAUCUAAAUCUCUUGUCUAGGGCUAGGUCUAGGUCUAGGCCCAUUGGGAGUAUACAAGGACAUGCUGAUAACAGACGUAGCCGUAGCCUCGGAAUCCUGUUUCAGACACAGCAUAAGCAUGAGAUGCACUGAUAUACAACAUAAAUGUAUAACAAUGACAAUAAUACUGAUUGUACUUGAGCACAAGGUGCUUCAAAGUCCCUGAUCUUUUGGUCCUUUAAUCCCAACCAGGUUUUGUAGUUUUCUUGAGAGGGUAAUCAAUGUACUCUUCUGGCUGCGAGUUGUUUUUAUCAUGCUGCAUAUCGAUACUGCAGUGCCCUAUUAGGCGUUGCAUUUUAACGCAGAUGGUUGCAUCUCUUAAAGUUUGUUAAGAUAUACGAAGCAGCCAUUGUGUUCUCUCACAUAAAAGAGCAGUCAUGGCAAACUGUCUCGCUCAGGAACAUAAGCAGCAUGAUGACCUUCAUGACCCUGGAAACAAGACCAUGAACUCAUCACAAAGGCUGCGAGAUGAAACCAUGAUCAAAUGAGUUUAAAUUUAUGGCUCUCGUACAAAGAUAUCCCUAAUUGACUGAUAUACUUGAGUGGAAAUUAAAAUUAUCAGACUGCAACUUGAAAAGAUUUCCAAAUUAAGGACAAGUGGUUUGAAUAAGAAAGAGCACACUGAGAAGAAAAGUACGGUGUUUUUUUCACAGAGUAUACAAUGUAGACCCACAUUAUCAUCCAAAGACUAUAGGUUUUUUUGGUGAUUCUUUUCUUCAGUGGAGAACCACUGAACCACCAAUGACUCUUCCAUCUUUUUUAUGCAUCUUCGAUUUUCUGGUCUUCAGAAUACUUGCACAGUGAUGAUGUGAAGUUGCAUUAAAAAUACCGACUGCACUUUUGCAUGAUGCAUAGUUUUAAUUUCAAGAGUUCUCAAGACAACUAUACCACAGCACAACUUUAAGAAGUUUUCAAAUUCUUAAAGAAACUAGUGUACACGCUAACAAAAAUUGUGGCAUGCAAUAUUCCUUUGGGAGAUUUAAAAAAUUGGCCAGAAGCACUAUACAUUGUAAAGUGCGAUGAAAUUAUUUCUUAAAUUUCUUACAUUUUAACACAUUUUUGAGAUAAUUAUUUAGAGUGAAGUAUACUUGCACAAUUUUUUUUAAAACCAGACCCUGUCCAUUGCCAGUGACUUCUUUAUGGAGUGCGAUCCAAUGAAAAGUGAGACUGGUUCACUGAAAUCGAAAUUGAAGUCGCGGAUGAACAUUUGUAACAUCCAUUAAUACGAUUUUGAGAAACCGUCUGCAUACUGUCAUUUCAUUGGAUGUGCUGCCUCAUGACUUCCAUUUUGCUGCUUCGUCAGGGGCAUAUUUACACCAAGGUUUUGGAUCAGUGUACGGAUUGGUAGAGCUUAUUUCUUUGCGGGAUAUUCAAGUUUUGAUUUUUAAUUUGACAUACAUGUAGAUGUCUCCUAAAGCAUGGGGUAGUGAGAUAAGGUUGGAAUUAUAAACAGGGAAAUAUUGUGGUCAAACUUUGUUGACUGCAUUUACUGAAUGAUAUACUAUUAUCCAGAAAAUUGUCUGAGGAUUUUUUGUGUGUAAAAUUCGUUCAGUGAAUGUGAUGUGGCUUCUGGAACUUGAAAAUUCUUGUAUUUUUGAGCCAGAGGUUACAUUGCUUCAGGCUUUCCUCGCGCUGAUGUGUGUAUUUUUGUGUGCAUGGCAAAUAUUAGUGUGGCUCAUUUGAUCAAUUGCAAAUGGUGCUAAAGUUUGCGAGCAUUUGCUCGUGAAAUUAAUAAUCUCCUUUAAUACACUUUUAUAAAAAUGUACAAGCCGCGCAUUUUUUCAUGUAUGAAUUCCAAAUGCUGUCGAAAGUGCGCAGCUUGGUACGUGGGAAGGAACUCGCUCUUCAGUUGAGAUGCAAUUUCUAUUUCUGAUGGCAUCUAGUCAGUAGUUGUAACACGGUAAACACUAUUUUCUGGAAAUAUUUUUUUAUUUUUUAUCCAACUUAAAAUGAAAUGGAAACAAAGUGCUGUGAUUCCUUGUGGGAUUUUACUAAGCCUUCUUGUUCCGGGGUGUUGCGUGCAUUUAAUCUGAUUCAUCUCUAUGCUUGUUAUGUGUACCUCUGAAUCUAAUGAAUAAGUUGAAGAGGACGACAAAUAUGGAACAGGAUAUUUGCAUGAAAACUGACUAUUUGUACAUUUUAAUACACUUCCAUGCACCCGCCGUGUAAAUGGUUUGAUUGAGAACGUGAGAUUCUUUUAAACACCACCCACUGUUGACUAAACCGAAGUUAACAGAGGGGAGGAAAAACCCUUACGGCUUGAGUGUGCAAGCAGGAUCGUAUACAAAACUGUGUAAAUUAUUUGUACAUGUACAAUGAUGGUUUCAGGAUCACUUGAAGAAACCUUCGCAUUCGCUGUAUAAAGCACGUGAUUUUGUCUUAUUUAUUUUGAGAAACAAAAUAACACUGAUUUCCCCUUUGUUGUCUGUAACGGUAUACCGCAGUGUACUACUGUGAAUUAAACUGUAAAUUAUGUGUUAAAGUACAUAGUAGCAUGAUUUGUGUACAUAAUGUGAAAUCCUAUAGGGAAGGCCACUUACCCUGUUCUGUAACGAUGCUUGAGGCUUUUCUAUAAAAGGUAUUAACUUAUUACAUGAAACUGAAUGUUGGAAUGAUAAAUCAGUCCUUUGGUGUACAAACACACCGUCAAAUGGAUUCUCAUUCGGGUUUUUUAGCCCUGAAUCGGCGACGUUGCUCGCGCAAUACUGUUGAGUUCUAAGACCUAAAUUGUGUAAGCGUGAACGUAUGCACAGUGUUUUAAUACUUGUAGCUGCUGUAGAAAUAAACACGAAGUUGUUGGGAAAAUC